AUGGACGAAGACUCGAUGGACCCCAACCUGCAAGAGUCGAUGGGCCAGGCUUCCUCUUCCGCCACUGCAGCUGGUGGCGCUGCAGGCGAGAUGGCGUCCAGCUCGGCCACGUCCAAACGCAAGAUCCGAAUCACGUUCGACCGCUACAUGGAGAUCGCCAACCUGGUUGUGCUGCGCGUCAACGAGGUGGAGCGACAGACGAUGCGCGGUGUCGCGCGCUCCGAGCUGGUCGACUGGUACCUGCUGCAGCGCGAGAACGAGAUCGAGACGGUGGAUCAGUUUGAAGAGGAGACCGAACUGAUCAAGAAGGUGUUGACCAAGCUGGUAAAGGAUUCAAUGCUGUUGGAGCUGCGCGAACAGGUGGAUGAGGACGGCAACCCGAUUAGCAGCGUAGGCGACUCGUCGGCCGGUGCCAGUGGUUCGUCGGCGGGCGAUCCUGUGUUUAUGGUUCACCCGCAGGUCGACAUUGACAGCAUUGGCGCUACGACUAGCUCCGUUUGA